UGUCCCAGUCCUACUCGAAUUCCUAGUCUCCCAACCGUCCGACUCGAAUUCCAAUUCUCCCAAACCUAGACCGCCGUAUCCCCUAUAAAAACCCUCUCGAACCCUCGCCCCCGAUUCCCUCCAGAGAAACAAACCAGCGGGAGGAACCUCGGCGGCGAAGGAGCGAGCGGCGACCGCGUUCCCCGACAUCGAGAUCCCACUUAUCCCCACCGCGCAUCAGCAUCCUACGGCGGCGAAGCCAUGGCAGAGACACUCGUCUUCAAGGGCACGAUGCGGGGCCACUCGGACGUGGUGACGGCGAUCGCCACCCCGUUGGACAACUCCGACAUGAUCGUCUCCUCCUCCCGCGACAAGUCCGUUCUCGUCUGGAACCUCACGAAGGACUCCCCCGUUGCCGUCGCCGGCGACUCCGCCGGCGCCUCUUACGGCGUCCCCCGCCGGCGCCUCACCGGCCACUCCCACUUCGUCGAGGACGUGGUCCUGUCCUCCGACGGCCAGUUCGCCCUCUCCGGUUCCUGGGACGGCGAGCUCCGCCUCUGGGACCUCGCCACCGGCGCCACCACCCGCCGCUUCGUCGGCCACAGCAAGGACGUCCUCUCGGUCGCCUUCUCCGUCGACAACCGGCAGAUCGUGUCUGCCUCCCGCGACCGCACCAUCAAGCUCUGGAACACCCUCGGCGAGUGCAAGUUCACCAUCCAGGACGCCGAUGCUCACACCAACUGGGUCAGCUGCGUCCGCUUCAGCCCCAACACCCACCAGCCCACCAUCGUCUCCGGCUCCUGGGACCGCACCGUCAAGGUCUGGAACCUCACCAACUGCAAGCUCCACUGCACCCUCACAGGCCACGGCGGCUACGUGAACGCCGUCGCCAUCAGCCCCGACGGGUCCCUCUGCGCCGGUGGCGGCAAGGACGGAGUCGCGCUGCUCUGGGACUUGGCGGAGGGGAAGAGGCUCUACUCGCUCGACGCCGGGGCCAUCAUUCAUGCUCUCUGCUUCAACCCCAGCAGGUACUGGCUCUGCGCCGCUACCCAGGACGGCGUCAAGAUCUGGGACCUCGAGAGCAAGUCCAUCGUCCAGGAUCUGAGGCCAGAGACGCCCACCAGCAAGAACCAGAUGCUGUACUGCACGAGCUUGAACUGGAGCUCUGAUGGAAGCACACUGUUUACUGGCUACACUGAUGGUGUUAUCAGGGUCUGGGGCAUUUCUCGUUAUUAGAAGCUAGCAGUUAUGUUAGGGGUUUUGGUCACAUAUUAGCAGUUGUUAGAAGUUAAUAUUAGAAGCGAGCUUACUACAGCAGUUUUGUCUGGGGCAUUUAUUUAUUUAUUUGAAAUGUUCUUUAAAUGGGAUGAGUUGUCUAGUUAAUUUGGAUUUAUGGACGAUGAUUUUAGCAUGUAGGCUAUGUUUUUGGAAUUUCAAGAUCAUUCUUGGCUCUGCCUACAACAUCCUUAUUUCUCUUCAAUAGAGUGGCGUUUAAGUUCACAUUGUAGAGGUGCUUUCAUGGUAAUGUUUUAAUUUGGUUGUUCAUA